AUUAAUGGACUUGGAUUCCAUCAUGGUUUCAGCACUAAUCCAUGUCAUAAGAGGCGGAAACGAUGUUGGGCCAAUUGAUAACGGGCCGUUGGUCCUUUCAGAGGAAGACGUAAUGUGCAACAUUUGUCGAAGACAGGCUCCAGACUGUUUAGGCUGUCAAAUGUUCACCGAUGAACCGAAGAAGAAAUAUAAAGGAGUUAGUUUACGACCAUCGGGGAAAUGGGCUGCCGAGAUAAUGGUUCAGGGGAAACAGAGAAAGUGGUUGGGGACUUUUGAAACAAUGGAAGAGGCCGCGAGAGCUUAUGACAUUGCCAGUAUUCGUUAUAGGGGACAGAAGAAAGUUCCAAAUGGAUCCCAAGACAGUCAUAAUAAUAAUGGAAAGAGAAAAAGAAAAAGACAAUAUAGGGGAGUAAGGCAAAGACAAUGGGGAACAUGGGCUGCCGAAAUUCGAGAUCCUUGGAAGAAAGUGAGGGUAUGGUUAGGUACAUUCGGGACCGCGGAACAAGCUGCGAGAGCUUAUGACCGAGCCGCGAUCCAUUUCCGUGGGGAAAAAGCAAAAACUAAUUUCCCCAAAAGUGAUUACAAGAAAGAAGACAAGUUACCUACGAAACUUGAACAACAAGUUGCAACUUUGAAUGGUGCGAGAUAG